GCAGUUGGUUGUAGCGAACAUGCUGAAAGGCGCGCAUAGGUAUGGUUAUGAAUUAGCUAGCUAUCGAUGCUAGUUAAAAAGCCGCGUUAUUUGUUGAAAUAUUUUGUAUUAUAUUGCCAAAGGCUGUCAUCACUUUUAAUCGCUGUAUUGUGUUGUAGGCUGCUAGCGUUUGGCUAGUUUCGCUGGCUGACAUUAGUUGUAUGUUAUUAACAGCUAGUUAGCCAACUGGCUUCAUGUUUACACGUUAGUAGUUAGCAAGCUCUGCUAUAUUGUAAGCUAGCUUGUACAACAGUGGGGUGGGGGGGGGGGAAACUGCUAGUUACCUAGCAUUUCACAAUGUUACAUUAUCAGAGCAUGUCCUGAAGCCAAGGCUACCACCUUUUCUGAUGGUUACAAGGAAGAUAGCUAGAGGCCAGUAGUUAGACUAAGUAUUCUAGCUAGCUACAGUACUGACCGUUUGUGCACUGUUAAGCUAGCAAUAGCCAGCACAUGCCUCCUUGACUAUUAACUAGAUGGCCUCUAUGUUUAACAUACACUUGAAUUGUUAAUGCCUAGCCAAACCUAAUGAUACUCCUGAAAUUAGGGUCUAUCUAAAGUAUUUCGGAGCAAACUAAGUCGCCAGUACGCUAACUAGAGUAAUUAGCUAGCCUACUUAAAGGAGCAAUCUGAAGUUGCUACAAUCAUUUUAGACAUUUUAAAUUAAUUAUAUAUAAAUAGCAUACUCAUUGAUUAUUGAAUAAUAUAACUCAUAGAUGCCUCAUGAGCUUAGUUCAACUGUCGUACCCUCAUCAGAACCCAAAAUAUAAGCUUGUUUUUAUUAAUUUUUUUGAAAAACACUGUAUAGCUUCAAAACAUGAUGAAUGCUAUAAUUUUGUUAUAGAUCAGGGGUAGGUAACCCUGUUCCUGGAGUGCCACAGGUACUGCAGGAUUUUGUCACAACUAGGCACCACACUGAGUUACUUAGUUAAUUGAUCAGUUCAGUGAUUGCCUAAAUUCAACACACCUGGUCUUCCAGGUCAGUUAAAUCAAAAACAUGAAGUGCCUAUGGCACUCCAGGACCAGGGUUGCCUACCCCUGUCAUAGAUGGUCAGUACUUGUAUCCAUAGCUCUGUCCAUGAAUUUGAGUGGUUACAUUUCUCAAGCCCCAUCCUGCAGCUGUUUACCAAAUCAGUGGUGGGGUGGCCCGCUUUGUAAUUGUUUGUGCUGCACAUUGCCCCUUUAAGACUGCAAUCAGCAAACAAUAACACUUGAGACUGAAUGAUCCAGUGUAGUGAAAUGUUGUUCUGUUGCCCUCACUUAGUGGAUCCCCCUCUUGAUGUUAACCUUUGGAGUCCAAUAGCCCAAUGGUCCCCAAACUGUGGGGUGCACCCCCUGAGCCCCCCCCCCACCCCCAAAAUAAAAACAUACAAUUAUUAUCAUAAUUUAUUUUAGGAACUCAGUCCGGCUUUAAACGUAGUCUUGAAAGUUGGAAUAGUAGAAUGCAAUUUCGAAAUUGGGUAGUGCGUCAUCAGUUUCCUCGUCAUGUCUUCUGAGUGGCGCAGUGGUCUAAGGCGCCGCAUCGCAGUGCUAACUGUGCCACUAGAGAUCCUGGUUCGAAUCCAGGCUCUGUCGCAGCCGGCCGCGACCGGGAGACUCAUGGGCGGCGCACAAUUGGCCCAGCGUCGUCCAGGGUAGGGGAGGGAAUGGCCGGCAGGGAUGUAGCUCAGUUGAUAGAGCAUGGCGUUUGCAACGCCAGGGUUGUGGGUUCGUUUCCCACGGGGGGCCAGUAUAAAAAAAUAUAUAUAUGUAUUCACUAACUGUAAGUCGCUCUGGAUAAGAGCGUCUGCUAAAUGACUAAAAUGUAAAUGUAAUGUCAGUCAUUGAAUACCUAUUUAUAACUUGUCAGAAAUGUCCAGAUCAACUAGCCCAUGUCAGCUAAGGUUUUUUAGCACAUAUAUUUUGUUGUAAUGUUUUGGUCACUCAUAUCACAUGUAUACACAUUAGAAAUGGCAAAGUGUAUAGAGCUGCAAGAAAAUUACCUUUAAAAUGGCAACAUUUUCUCUGCACCCCAUGACAAAAUGUGUAGAAUUGCAGGAAAUAAGCUUUAAAACCUGCAACAUUUUCUCUCUGCCAACAAGAUGGGUGUGAACAGUUUGUGUCAUGAACAGUGUUUGUGCCCAUAGAAAUAGACGUGGGGCGCGGGAUGUUCCCCAAUGCUGGAAGCGGGGCCUGAUUGAAAAGGUUUGGGAACCUACAGCUUACAUGAUGUCAGUAAAACAGCAAGAAUGGUGUCCCAUUAUGUGAUCACUGUGACAGCUGUCACCUAUGACCUUUCACACAUUUAAAAAGCUUCCAUCUAAACAACCCCCGGACCCACAUUGCCCAGGAGAAGGGUGUUUCACCCCACCCUUCCUGGAAAAACCAGACAAGUCUGUGUUUGUCUGGUAUGUCUCUCCUAGUGGAAACUGUAGCAAGGGAUCUAUAUGACUGAUGGGUUUUGCAUUUAGGGCUGUUCUGAUGAUCUCUUGAUUAUCUUAUUGUCACUCCCUACAAUAAGUUUCUCAGUGACUACCACAUAAAUUAAACAGGCACAUUAAUGUUCAGGCUUUAAGCUAUAUGAAUCCCCCCAAACAAGUUAGCCCACUACUGGACGUAUGUAAGCUUUGGCUCGCUUGAGUGUGCAUACGGAAGUAUUAUUUUUGGCUUUCAAUACAGAUGUGCUGUUUCUGUAUAAGGAAGUUCUAAUAAUUUAAUAUCCUCUCUUUUGAAAGAUUAACCCCUCUUCAACCCUGAUGCAGGUGGUAAAGUCAAACCAAACAGUAAAUACACCGGACAUAAGCAUCACCAAAAUACAUUUAGCAUGGAGGACUCAGGUCGGGGAGCCAGCUACACAGUACCCUGUGACGACUACGUCCAUGUGGUGGAGUUCAGCCCCUUUGACAGUGGCUCAGCUGCGUCCCUCCUGGCCUAUGGAGGAAACCAGUAUGUGGUGGUAGGCACCUGCCGCUUCCAGGUGAGUGGUAGCCUGCCAGAUCCACAUUCUCAGUAGCCACUGGUUCUUUCUUCAUUUUUCCUCUUCCUCAUGUCCUCUCUUCUCGCCUCCAUUCUCAAAAUGCAUCGAAGGAAGAUCCUCCCAAGGUUCCUCCCCUCUGAGGAGGCAUGGAUAGGGGACAUGAGGAAUUGAGAAACCGUCAGUGUUUUGGUGCCAUGUGUGAUGUGAACCACUGUUUGUGCAGGAGGAGGACAUGGAGGUAGAGGGGGUUGAAUUCACCACACUGCGUGUUUUCCAUCAUGCGUUACGUGUGGAUUGCCUUGCAUGGAGCCCUGAGUCUCGGCUGGACAAGCUGCCCCAACUCAUCAGGUACCUCACUCCUUUUAGUUCUUGCAGCUGUCUUCUGUCUUUACAUCAGGGUGUCUUCAACUCUGGUCCUGGAGUGCUGCUUGGUGUGCAGGCUUUCAUUCCAGCCCUGCAAUAAGUAACAACUGAUUCAGCUCAACAUGGUGCAGACUGAAGACGUGGUUAGUUGGUUAUUUGGACCAGCCACCACUGUGGGUUGAACCUGCACUACUGUUUUUUUUUCUCUCUCUUCAUCAUCAGCUCCUACCUCAGUCAAUCAAUCAAAUGUAUUUAUAAAGCCCCUUUUUACACCAGCAGAUGAGACAAAGUGCUUAUACAGAAACCCAGCCUAAAACCUCAAAGAGCGAGCAUGCGAGCAAUACAUGAGAGGGAGAGAAUAUACUUAAGAUCACACAGGACUCCAAAUAAGACAGGAGAAAAACAUCAGAUAGGACAGACUGACCCUAGCUCCCCGGCAGAUAGACUAUUGCAGCAUAGAUAUUGGGGACUGAGACGGGGGGGGGGGGGACACUGUGGCCCUGUCUGAUGAUACAGGGCCAACCAGGCAGGAUAUAACCCCUACCCACUUUGCCAAAGCACAGCACCCCACACCACUAGAGGGAUAUCAACAGACCACCAACUUACUACCCUGAGACAAGGUAGAGUAUAGCCCACGAAGAUCUUCCCCACCGCACGAGCCUGAGGGGGCGCAAGACCAGACAGGAAGAUAACAUCAGUGACUCAACCCACUCAAGAUGAGUAUAGUGAAAAGCUCCCCUGGUUCCAGACUACACUCAAUCAUAGGACCUACUGAAGAGAUGAGUUUUCAGGAAAGAUUUAGAUGAGGCCGAAUCUGCGUCUCUCAUAUGAAUCGGCAAACCAUUUCAUAAAAGUGGAGCUCUAUAGGAGAAAGCCCUGCCUCCAGCUGUUUGCUAAGAAAUUCUUGGAACAAUGAGGCUUGUGUCUUGUGACCGUAGAGUACGUGUAGGUAUGUACGGCAGGACCACCUGUCACCUGCUUAUCCCAGAGCCAUAUAUUUAUCUAAAUAUAUCUCUGGAUCAUCCAUCUACACCACCUCUGUGACAGUCAGUGGUAUAAAACCCUCAGUAGUCUUGGCCCAGCUGCAUUCCACAUUCACCUACCGUAUGAAGCCCAGUCAUCCUACUAUUCUCAGUGGCCCACUGCAAGAAUACCAACCCAGUUAUUUCAGGUGUGGUUUGAUAAAAAAAGGAAGUUGAACGUUAUUACAUAGAAAGCAAGGUUUUCCUCUUAAUUGGAAUUGUGGAUGGGAAUGCUGUAAUCCCGCGGGAGAUGUUUCCAAGUUGCUUUAAUUGAAAGGGAAAGGCAGCAAUACUUCCUGGCCUUCUGUGGUUAAGUCUGCAGGGCCCUGGGGGCCGGCGUGUGACGUGCGCACAUGUUAUUGCGCUGAUGGCUCCUCCGCUCAAGUUCUGUCCCUCCCCUAGUUUUGCACGUAGUUAUGCCUUCCAGGAAAAGUACAGUGUUCUCACGGGCGUGCCUGAGGCAGGGGCUGGCUAGGAGGAGGAGGAGGAGGAGGGGGGCAGGGGGCUUAUGCUGGGAUGCUUCCAGAUUCUACCAGGCCAGCCAUGUGAGGUCCAGUCAGCAACCUCCUGGUAGAUUCUGGUGAACUGUCAGGAACACUUCCCCAGCAUCAGCUCAGGGCCAAAACAGACCCAAUCAUUAGUCAACCCUGUGACAUUGACAACUCUUUGAAGAUUGUCUCAUGAAGAAAUGUUCUCCCACUUGGCACCUGUUCUUUCAUUGACAAUAUUCCUGCAGCAUAGGCUAAAUCUAGUUAGAAACAUUUGUAUCACAAGACUGUGAGUUAUGUAUUGAAUUAGAGGUUUGAUGAUAGAUCUUUGGCAAUGCCCAGCAAUUGAGUUGAAAGAAGGGUGAAAUGCCCUCCACAAUUCGCUGACUACUAGGCUAUGUAUCAGUUGUUGGUAUAAUCACCUGUACCAGUUGCUUGGGAGAAUAUUCUGGCUGUGUAUCGCGACAUCAUGCCAAAUCCGUCUGUUCCUGCGACUGCAAAUGCGUGAAAAUGCGUCUGUUUUUCUUGCGAUAUGUGUGUUUUUCUUGUCAUAAGUGAGUUAGUGUAAUUGUGUAAGUAAUUGCAGGCGCUGGUAUAUACUACGACUGAUUAGAGGCAAAGUCCUCUUCCAGGCGUUAGUUAGUCUCUGAAACAGAAAUGCUGAAAUGGCAUGAGGUCGGUGAGGAAUCUUGUUUUUCUCCAUGUUUAUCUUCGCAGUUAGAAUCUCCCUGGCAGUGUUUCCAUUGAACCAUGUCCAAGUCUUUACCACACGGACGCAAACAUCCAAAGGUGUCAACCCACGUUGCAGUGCAGUCAGACACGCAUAGACAUGUACGUGUGCCUGGGUGUGUGUACGUACGCGUGUCUUUGAGGAGGAUGGGCUGUUUUGAUGUUCUCUUUCUUUGUUUAUGUCUGUCUCUCUCUCUCUCUGUCUGUCUCUGUCUCUCUCUCUCUCCAGAUUUUGCACUGCAGCAGCAGACAGAAAAGUGAGGCUGUUGACUUCUGAUCUUCAGAAUAAACAUGAAGUCAAGGUAGAGUACUGGAACUCCCGCCCUCACGACUAGAUCACGCUGGAACUACCACUGCACCUGUCAGUUUAGUUGGCAUCUGGUUUCUUUAAAUCAAGCCAUUUGUAUGUAGCACACUGGCAGUAGGUACUUAGUGAAUGGCUUUUAUAUUAGCCUAUUCAAGAACCUAGCACACACAAGGAGCCAGGGCACUGUCCUACAGUCUAUGGUACACUCGCACCAAAUGCAGCGUUUGUUAAUUGUAUAUUCUGUGUUUCUGUGGUGAUGUCUGUGUGGUUGUCUAGGUGAUGGAGGGUCACACCAGCUACAUCAACCACUUAGUGUUCGAACCCACAGAGGGGAAACAAAUCGCUUCGGUCAGCGACGACCAUACAUGCAGGUCAGUCUUCUCAUUCAGCAAGAAGAAUAUGAGUGUCUUCCCCCAGCUCUUGGUUCUGUGUUCUGUUCUCUGUUAAUGGUGCAGAAAGUCCUGACUGUGUUUCCACAAUGAAACCCAAUGCUUAUCACAACACACCCCGGUGUUGCCGUGCGUAAGCACACCACCCCGCUUCUCCAGCUUUUCGAAGUAAUUGGUUAAAUAUGGAAAUCCAAUUAGCUUCAGUACUGCUGGAGGUUUUUCCUCUCCUUAGGGUUAACACUUAACAAGGUCCCCCAAUGUGGCCUAUCAAUCAGUAGAAGUAGAAGGAAAGAGUAUGUCGGUAGCCAGGAGUAACCAUGGGGUAACCAUGGUGUAACCUGAGCACAGGAGGUUGGUGGCACCUUAAUUGGGGAGAACGGGCUCGUGGUAAUGACUGGAGCGGAAUCAGUGGAAUGGUAUCAAACACAUGGUUUCCACGUGUUUGCUAUUCCAUUUGCUCCGUUUCGGCCAUUAUUAUGAGCCGUUCUCCCCUGAGCAGCCUCCACUGAACCUGAGGGACCUCCUGUUACAUUAGUAAUUAGGGUUGUUGCUAGGGUGAAAGCCUGGCACCAAUCCUACUCCCUCUUACCCCUUCCCCCUCAAUGUGAGCUCGUAUUGUUUUAUCUGUGAUUGAUGGGUGAGUACAUUUAAUAAAGUUAGCAGCUUAGAAAUGAAUGACUGGCCCCUACUUUUCUCUCCGCUAGAGCCUGAAAGAGCACGUCUCUCAUCGCCAUCUUUAAACCCAACGCACCCUGGAUGAGAAACACACCUGAAACAUCUGCUUUCUAUUCAUAAACUCAUCAUUUCAGGAGCCUGGAGCUCGCGGUUACACUUCCAGUCAUCAAAUACAGGCCAUGGUUGAAUUAUCUCCUCAAUCUCCUUCCGCCCUGCCUAAAUGCUCUAAAGUGUUGGUUAGGAUGAGGGAUGUGGGGAGAGAGAGAGGCCUGAGCUGGGGCUGGAGCUCUGCUACUGCGAGAAACAUCAGUGCUCAGUUCUCCCUCAGCCUCCCUCUAUAAUGGUCUGGCCAGAGAAAACAGGGGUACGCUUGCUCGGCUCCAUCUGCAGAAAGAUUUAAAUUCUGUCACGUUGAGAAAAUAUGGGACGCAGGAGGAAGAGUGAGGUGGAACAAGGGAAAGAUCAAGUUAACAGGAGAGGGGCCUUCCAGGCAGCCCACACAAACUGAGACCCCUGAUAGGGUGAGAGAAAAGAACAGUGGACCUGCUUCUCUACUGAGUGUGUGUGUGUGUGUUCGUACACUUGGCAGGUUGUCCUACCAUAACUCUGCUGUGCUCUUUGUCAACACUGUCCUUUCCUGCGUGGGAACUCUACUCCAGCCGGAGUAGCCACCUGUAGCAGCUAGAAGAAGGUCACAGCCUCCCACUGAGGUCAGAGUGUCUGCCAGAGGUCCCAACCUCUCUGGGCUGGGGUCCCAUUGUGUCUGUUAGCUUACAAUUGUAUUUGCAGUAGGUAUGUUUCUGGAUGUAUUCCUCAGUUCAGCCCGCUCUGGUUUCGUGUUCAGAUGGGUCAGCAGAAUACAGCUUACUUAAGGGGCUUGAACAGAGACACCUGCUGCAACUAUUUGAUGUGUGGGAUCUCAAAUAUUUAUUUUAUGUCUUAAGAAAUUAUUUUGUGUAUGAUCUCUCUGUGUCAUCCUUUUGGAAAGUAUUUCUGAGGCGUUAUCACAAUAGUUUGAGACUUUCUCCCCACUCGAACCCGCCAGUCAAGCUUUCUGUCAGUUAGGCUGUCCACUCGACAAAAUCCCAAUCUUUCAUCUCCUCUUUUCCUUUAACCUUUUCUUCUCCUGUUCUCACGCUUUUUUUUUUGCUCCGUGCUAGGAGAUCCCAUCAUCAACUCUAGCGAGAGGAGCAAACUGAUCCAAUAAAAAUGACUAAUGGCUGAGAUAAUUAUUUCAACAGUCCAAAUGUCUGUUAAAGAUCAUGUUAUUGUUCAAGACACUUGAGCAGAUCCGAUCAAGAUGGAUGCUGAUGUGGUUUUGGGGAGGUGGAGAUGGUGUGCUGUGCACCUCCGCCUGGACUCCCCUGUGAGGCUCUGAGGUGGGAUUACUGUUAGUCUUUCUCAACCCUUGUUCCCCUGAGAGUCGCCAAGGUUAUUUACCCUGCACUCUCCAAUCAUUUAGUUCACACAGUGCACACUACAUUUCCCAUUUCCUACGCUCAUUUGGAAAACAUUGACCAAAAUGAAACACCUGCAGCUGCUGUUUUCUCACUCACAUCUACACACAGACUUCAAAUGCUGUCUUGCCUUUCAACUCUAUUGUACAUGAAGCCCAGUGUUAUUGCUUGAUGUCAUGUCAGUUGUAGUGUUAUGCAAUUACACAGUGCUUUGUCAGUGGCGGUUUCAGUCUUGUUUCUUGCCCCCUUUCAUGCCUUUCACCUUGUUCAGCAAGGGUUAUGUUUAAAAAAUAAUAAUCUUUCCCCAUUUGAAGGGCAAGGUGGUUGACCACAACUUGGCCGGAUGCGGCGUAGCGUGCGAUUAAACUCUGCUUGGCGAGUGGUCUGAGAAGAGAGGGUUUAUGCUUGUUUGUCUGCUGUGGUCUGAGGCUUCCAACCUCACUCAUGCUCUAAGGAGGAGGGUCUGCACUGCGCUCUACACAGGGCCAUUCUGACUUCUGUGUCGAGUAAAGAAGCAAAAGCUCUCAUGGAGAAAUAUGAGGGUGUUUUAUCCCCUGCAGGGAAGACACAGGAAAAGUUGAAUGUUUGUUUACUGAGGUGUUCAUCUGGGAUGGGGCAUAAUCAUAUCCUCUCCACUGAAGACACCUCUCCAACAUGAUUGACAUUUAGAAGGACUUUGGGGCUUUAUUAGAUGAUGUCUUCUGCAUGACCUCAUCAGUCAGCGCCUUCACAUCGCUCCCAAUCUCACGGUCCUUGUUUUUUUAAAAACCGCUUGCAAGUUUAUUCCCUCCUGGUUCAGGGGAAUGUUCUGUUAGAUAUGAGGCCUUGUGUUCGCUGAGGAGGGCUUUCAGAUGUGGUUAAAGAGUAGAUCGUGGUCUCGGGAGCAGCCUGUCCUCUCCAAGUGAUUUAUUACAUCUGCGCGCAUGUUUGCCUUGUAUCCUCGGUCUUCUCGCUCGUCAGCGCAGGGCCCCAGCCGUCUGUCUUCACAGCUCGGGGCAGAUUACAACCAAGAUCCCUUUUUCCAUGAAAGAAGGGCGGUACUAGUGAGGCUCUGUGUGCACAUCUCUUGGACAACUGGCAGAAGUUAGAUAAAUUACACGCAGGCAUUACGUGCUUUCACAAAAACACUGUCACCAUUACAGACCUGUUGUGUGCUGUUCACUCAUUAGAGUAUAUUCCGAAGAGUCACACAAACGCCUGGGGAAAGGUGCAUUGGAUGGAAGCUUGUAACCUAGCUUUUUUGACAAAAACAGCCAGCCAGCCAUGAUGUCUUUUGUUCUGUUUGGUAUUUUUAGCUGCCAUUAACGUGUGUAAUCCUUUGUUUUGUGUGCUGUCAGCACCAAGGCGUCUGCCUGCACUGUUCUGCGCGUCAUCAUCCUCUCCACACACAGGGUGGCUGGACUCCGGAAGGUGUUUUUAGCACUGCUGCGCGUCCCGCUCCAGUACAGCUAAUUGAGUGCUUAUUAAUCUUGUUUUUUGGACUUGAUAAUUUGUCAUUUUUGACAGGACCUGUUUUAUCUGAAGCUUCAGACCCGGUUGUUUGUUUGAAUCCCAGACAUCCUGUCUGAGGUUGUUUUCUAAACGGGAAUUUUCUUACAAUCCUUAAAAUGUUUAUUUCCCCUGAGCACACCCCCUCUCCGACCAUCCUGUAGUGUCCAGCUAGUGCCCUUUCCCAUUCAUGCCUGAUGGCCUCUCUUGUCCCCACAGGGUGUGGGACCUGGAGGGCAAUGAAACCACUACAUUCAGACUACGCUCCCCUGGCGUCAGUGUGUGCUGGCAUCCUGAAGAUGUCUUCAAGGUGCGUACAGUAACAGUGCUCUCCAGUUUCAUAAUGAGAGUUUAAAUAAUUAGUGAGAGUUAUACGAUCUAGUGUGGGAGUGAAAAAAGAUCUAGUGUGAGAGUGAAAGAUGUAGUGAUACUAAAUCUCUGUCCUCCGUCCAGCUGAUGGUUGCUGAGAAGAAGGGGACGAUCCGCUUCUAUGACCUGGUUACACAGCAGGCCAUUCUUUCUCUGGAUUGUGGCCAGUCGCCGCUCAUGUCGGCCGACUGGUGUCUCACCAACACCAUCAAGGUGGGCGCGGUGACGGGCAGCGACUGGGUCAUCUGGGAUAUCACCCGCUCCAGGUGAGUGGCAGGACAGAUGCUUGUGACCAACUGGGUUCGAACCCGGGUAUCUAGCACGCCACAAUACUUUGUUAGCCCCAAGAGCUAACACAAGUCUUUAUGUCACAGACAAGGUUACCCUUCACCUCAGUUACCUGCUGUAUAACACUGGGAUUUGUUAAUGGUUAUUUGUCUGUGUGUAGUUACCCACAAGAGAAGAGGCCUGCCCAUGUAGAACGAGCAGGAAACUUCAGGUAACUGCUUUGUCCUUGCUUCCAAGGUCCUUGCUAUCUGGUAUCCUUGGGAUGUCCCUACCCCAUUUUGAAGUUAACAUUUGAAAUGGUUAAGAUAAGGGUUAGGGUAGAGGUUAGGGUUUAGGGUAGGGACGUCCCAAGGAUCCCGAAUGCUUCCAAUUCCUCUGACCUUCAGAGUAUUGUGAUGCAUUUUGCAGUAGUCCUGCUGAUACCACUGCUGCCGACGACGUCAAUGAUAAUGGCUGUGGUGAUGAUGAUAAUGGUGAUAGCAAUUACUGUAACCACGGGUCUCAUGGUCUUCCAGGUGGUCUCGGGCCAAUGAGAAUCUCUUCUCCACAACAGGAUGUCCAGGCAAGAUCAGCAGUCAGUUACUAGUGCAUCACUUGGGUCACCCGCAGGUCAGUGAGCUGUGUGUUUGGCUGUUUGCAUUGGCACAGUGUGUCAGUUUCUGAGUAAUAAAAGUGUGGGAAUAAUGUUCAGUAAGAGUGUUGGGAAUGGGGAUAAUGUGACAUGCUUCCUGGACCGGGUUUCUUAUGUUUAUAUGGUGGUGUUGUUGCAGCCCGUGAUGAUUGGAUCAGCCACGGUGGGGGCGGGUCUAAGCUGGCACAGGUCCCUCCCACUCUGUGUAAUUGGCGGUGACCGAAAGCUCUCUUUUUGGAUGACAGAAAUGUAAUGUAGUCGCUCCCUAUGGACGUAUGGGAGGCAAUGCAACUGUAAAUUGAAACUAUUUGACCGGAGGUGUGGUCGGAUAUUUCUAUUUUCAUAAUUUUUCAAUAAAGUAUUUAAUUUUCCAUGUUUUUGUUUGCUUUGAGUUCUGAAUUGAAAGUUUAGACACAUCCUGGACUUUUGAUCUUUAUUUUAGAGUCCGACAACUGACCGCCCCUUCAGGUCAUACCCAGACAAACAGAAGGGUGGAACUUGGCUUCUGUGAAAAGCGGUGCUGGUUUUGUCUUUCUCAGAAGCGUAUCAGUGCUAGUCUGUUAUGAUGUUCUGCCAAGUGCCUCAGGGUGAGCUGCAGGUCACAGGAAUGUGUGAGCUCAGUGCUGCCAGCACUCUACUCUACCGAUCAACACCACAAUCCCUCUACAGGUGCUCACUCUCUCUCUGUAAAACAGACACACACUCACCCAUACACAUUCUCUCUGUCUCACGCACACACACACACAGCCGUCCCCACCCUCAUAGGUCCUAUUCCACCUGCAGAGUGAGGCCUGGGAAGGCC